GGACACAUUGACACAUUUUUUGGCAUUGACGUUAAACAUCUUAUAAGGUUAUGUUAUGUUGUUUAUCUUUAAUUUUGAUUGACUAUAAAGGUUGAAAACCUAUCUAUUUAUUAUUAAAAAGGGCCCUUUGAAGGUGACAAUAUGGAAAAUGAAGAGCCCCCACAAAGCCCUGACUCAACUGUUCCCUCUGAAAAUCCCACUAAAUCUAGACAAAAUUGGGUAGAAAUUAGUGAUGUGUUUAAAGAAAGCGUAAAAGAUUUACAGUUGGGAGAACUGCUACACGAUGACUUAUUUGGCUUAUUUGAAGCCAUGUCUGCCAUAGAGAUGAUGGACCCCAAAAUGGAUGCUGGAAUGCUCUGUAACCGGGGUGCCAGAAAAAUAACAUCAUUUGAACAAGCUGUUUCUGAUGAGUUACUGCCCUUAAAUGACUUACCAGCAUCAACUCUGCUUGGUAUUAUCGACGGAACAUUGGCUAGACUAGUAUCUUGGUUAGAAGGGCAUUCUUUGGCACAAACUGUGUUUACUUGUCUAUAUUUACAUAGACCUUAUGCCCCCCAAGACAGGGCCCUCAAAGUAUUUUGCUUGGCAGUGUAUAAAUUAUUAGAUGUCAUAAAAGAUCUCAUUCAUAAGGCAAUGGUGUAUGAAGAAGAGGAUUUUCAGCCUAUGCAGUAUGGGUUUCAUUUGACCCCUGAUAUUUCGGAACAAAGAAUGGUGGGCAUGUUGAGGGAAGUCGAGGAGGAGCUGCACAGGAAAUCAAGGAAUAAACAGAGUGAAGUUGGAAAUUCUGAAGCUCAAGCCAUCUUUGCAAGAAUAAAAUUCGUCAGGAUCUUCCUGCAGGUCCUAAAUUCAUUGAGAAAAGAGGAUCAGCAGCAAAAUUCCUUGAACGAUUGCCAAAGACUGCUCAGUAGUGGAAUUGAAAUGCUGCAGACCAUGAAGGAUACAGUGUAUUUAGGAGUGGGAGCUAAGGAAGGUGAGGAAGAAAUGGCUUGCUUUGAACCUUCAAUAAACCAAAGACUACUCCCUCCGACUUUCCCAAGAUACACGAAAAUCAAAAAAAGGGAGGAGGCCAUGGCGCACUUCAUGGAAAUGCUGGAGAGGUUUAAAGUUGUCUGUAAAGCCCAAGGCUUGACCUCGUUUCACCAAGCAGUGGAAUUAUUUGCAGAUUUCAGUCAGUCCGGUCCUUGCCUGGUAUCGCGUAGUUCCUUGCAGCUCGUAGGAAAAAUCGCCCUAAAUACGGGCUCGUCCAGAGAAUCCCUUAGGGAAGCCAUUAGGACGUUUUGUGGCCCUCAUGCUUUAAGUAGCAGAGCUCCUCCGGCCGCCCGUCUGGCGGCGGAGAACUUUUUGGCCAGGGCGGCCCGGCCUGCCGCCCUUUUGUUGCAACUGAGCGGUCACAAUCGGGCACGACAACGGGAUAAAUUGGCGAUGCUUUUGGAAGAGUUUGCCAUGUUACAAGAGGAUGCAGAAAGGGCGGAUGCGGAGUGUGCUUUGGCUUUGGGAGUGCCGCCCCGGCCCCAUUUUGCCACUUGGGCCCUGUAUCAUACACUGAGAGCGCAAGCUUUGUACCUGUUGGCGGGAUUUGAGCUGGAACUUUAUGCUGAGCAUGAAUACUAUUAUAUUUACUGGUACCUCUACGAGUGUAUCUACUCCUGGCUGAUUUCGACACUUUCCAGGGCGGACAGCCUGUUGCAGGAGGCCUGGAAUGGUACCGCGGCCGCGCCAUCUACCGGAAAAGGGGGCCGAAGACAAAAGCCGAACAAGGCCGCUAAAAGACCGAGACCGCAUGCUCGGGAUGCCAUUCGCUUGCAGGCUUUACAACAAUUGGCCGGGGGAUACUUUAAAGCACUUUUAGGCAUUUUACGCGAAGGGCUUAUACACGCCCCCCUGCCAGGUUUUGACAGGGAAAGGGUGAGAUUCGAGCACAGAUUCGCCGCAUUUACAAGACUUUCGGCACCCCCGUCCGCUACUUAUAGGGACUUUAGGACUGCCGCGCAGGCUGCAGGAUGCCAAGGUUCGGAACCGUUGUUCCUGUCCGCGGGACGUCAUUUCGCCCAGGCGGGUCAACUGUUGGCCGCAGGCGGACCUGCCGAGAUCCCCCUAGCGAGAACGUCUAAAACUAAUUUUGUGCUGUUACGUCUGUUGGCGGCCGGGCAUCGGCCCAAGAUCAAACCGACGUUUUGUUUUAACGAGAGUCGUCAUUUUCCCGUGUUUUGUUUGACCGAAGCCCAGUUAACUCAUGAGUGAGUAAUUUGUAUUUUUGUGAUUUGAAUAUUAUGCUUAAUAGUUGUGAGUAUAUUUAUGAGAAACUUAAUAAUGUAUAAUUUAUGUGCAAAUAAAAUGGUGAAUUGAAAAA